AUGCUCCUGACGUGGGCUUCAGUGGUGCAGGUGAAUGCGCAGUGCGGAGACGACGUGACGCUGCUGUGCGCCGCCCCCAGACCCGACUCGGUGGACGGACUGGAGUGGACCCGCACCGACCUGGACCCGUACGUUUACCUGCUGAAGGAUGGGGUGGCGGCGCUGAACAAGCAGCACGAGGCCUACAGGGGGCGAGCCGAGCUCAAAGACGGCACGGCGGCUCUGUCUCUGCGAAACGUGACCAGCAAGGACAACGGGAAGUACGAGUGCCGCUACGUGAUCCAGGGCUCCGGUGUUUCCAAGAGGUCCAUCAUCAGCAGCGAGCCGGUCAGCGUCGUGAAACUCCGGGUAACACAGGCAGGUGGUGUUGAUGCAUGCAGAGGAGCAGAGGAUGAGGAGGAUGAUGAUGAUGAUGAUGGUGAUAAAAAUAAAAUCCGUGUGAUAGAUGAAGGAGAAGACCACUCUGCAUUUAUGAGACACCACUAUGUGACGUUUGGAGUCAUGGGGGCAUUUGGUUUGGUGGUGGCUGCGAUCACCUUCCUCAUGGUUUUGUGA